AUGCAGCGCCCCGCGUACAACAACCCGCCCGCGCACUCUCCACCACUCCACCACCCCAUCCCACAACACGUCUCGACAGUCCCGCAGCUGCGCUCGCCCCCUCCACCCCAACCGCCCUCGCAACCCCAAUCCGGCUAUGGCUACGGCCAGCAAGGCGGCGGCAUGCCCCAGCAAGGCGACGGCUACGGCAUGCACCCAGCCUUCGGGGGCUUCAUGAGCGACCCGACAGCGCAGCUAGGUUUCCAGAUGGGCAAGAGCGCCGUCGACGCGGGGCAGCAGUACAUGGAGCAGAACCUGGGUCGCUACGUCUCCGUCGGCGCGCUGAAACACUACUUCAACGUGACAAACUCAUACGUCCUCGCCAAACUACGCAUCAUCCUCUUCCCCUGGUGGCACCGCCCCUGGUCGCGCGCUCCACGCCAUCCCGACCCCUCCGUCGCUGCAUCCUCGUCCCUCUACCUCCCGCCCCGCGAGGACAUCAACAGCCCGGACAUGUACAUCCCCACCAUGGCGCUGGUAACCUACAUCCUGCUCUCGACGCUGCUCGCCGGUCUACGCGGAGCCUUCCACCCCGAGCUGCUAGGCUACACAGCCACCAUCGCAGGCCUCGUCGUACUCCUCGAAAUCCUCACAAUCCGCACAGGCACCUUCCUGCUCGCCAUCUCCUCGUCAUCACAACUCCUCGAUCUAGUCGCGUACUCGGGGUACAAGUUCGUCCACGUCAUCAUCUCCCUGCUUCUAUCACACCUGACGGCUUGGAUGGGCGUAGGCGGCGCCUGGCUGCCCUGGCUCAUCUUCCUGUACUGUUUCAGCGCGAAUGCGUUUUUCCUGCUGAGGAGUCUGAGGUAUGUUCUGCUUCCUGAUCAGAGCGCGCAGGGUAUGGGUGUGGGCGGGAAUGCGGCGGCGGGGUAUACGGUUGCGAGGAGUCAGAGGAAUAGGAGGACGCAGUUUUUGUUCGUGUAUAGCUAUGUUGUGCAGUUUGGGUUUAUGAUGUGGUUGAGUAGGGUUUAGGGGGGGGGUGUGGAUGGGAAGGGAAGGGAUGGUUGGUGUGGUGCCGGUUCAUCUCGAGGACAAAAGGU